CCCCCCCCCCCCCCCCCCCCCCCCCCCCCCCCCCCCCCCCCCCCCCCCCCCCCCCCCCCCCCCCCCCCCCCCCCCCCCCCCCCCCCCCCCCCCCCCCCCCCCCCCCCCCCCCCCCCCCCCCCCCCCCCCCCCCCCCCCCCCCCCCCCCCCCCCCCCCCCCCCCCCCCCCCCCCCCCCCCCCCCCCCCCCCCCCCCCCCCCCCCCCCCCCCCCCCCCCCCCCCCCCCCCCCCCCCCCCCCCCCCCCCCCCCCCCCCCCCCCCCCCCCCCCCCCCCCCCCCCCCCCCCCCCCCCCCCCCCCCCCCCCCCCCCCCCCCCCCCCCCCCCCCCCCCCCCCCCCCCCCCCCCCCCCCCCCCCCCCCCCCCCCCCCCCCCCCCCCCCCCCCCCCCCCCCCCCCCCCCCCCCCCCCCCCCAACCCCCCCCCCCCCCCCCCCCCCCCCCCCCCCCCCCCCCCCCCCCCCCCCCCCCCCCCCCCCCCCCCCCCCCCCCCCCCCCCCCCCCCCCCCCCCCCCCCCCCCCCCCCCCCCCCCCCCCCCCCCCCCCCCCCCCCCCCCCCCCCCCCCCCCCCCCCCCCCCCCCCCCCCCCCCCCCCCCCCCCCCCCCCCCCCCCCCCCCCCCCCCCCCCACCCCCCCCCCCCCCCCCCCCCCCCCCCCCCCCCCCCCCCCCCCCCCCCCCCCCCCCCCCCCCCCCCCCCAACCCCCCCCCCCCCCCCCCCCCCCCCCCCCCCCCCCCCCCCCCCCCCCCCCCCCCCCCCCCCCCCCCCCCCCCCCCCCCCCCCCCCCCCCCCCCCCCCCCCCCCCCCCCCCCCCCCCCCCCCCCCCCCCCCCCCCCCCCCCCCCCCCCCCCCCCCCCCCCCCCCCCCCCCCCACCCCCCCCCCCCCCCCCCCCCCCCCCCCCCCCCCCCCCCCCCCCCCCCCCCCCCCCCCCCCCCCCCCCCCCCCCCCCCCCCCCCCCCCCCCCCCCCCCCCCCCCCCCCCCCCCCCCCCCCCCCCCCCCCCCCCCCCCCCCCCCCCCCCCCCCCCCCCCCCCCCCCCCCCCCCCCCCCCCCCCCCCCCCCCCCCCCCCCCCCCCCCCCCCCCCCCCCCCCCCCCCCCCCCCCCCCCCCCCCCCCCCCCCCCCCCCCCCCCCCCCCCCCCCCCCCCCCCCCCCCCCCCCCCCCCCCCCCCCCCCCCCCCCCCCCCCCCCCCCCCCCCCCCCCCCCCCCCCCCCCCCCCCCCCCCCCCCCCCCCCCCCCCCCCCCCCCCCCCCCCCCCCCCCCCCCCCCCCCCCCCCCCCCCCCCCCCCCCCCCCCCCCCCCCCCCCCCCCCCCCCCCCCCCCCCCCCCCCACCCCCCCCCCCCCCCCCCCCCCCCCCCCCCCCCCCCCCCCCCCCCCCCCCCCCCCCCCCCCCCCCCCCCCCCCCCCCCCCCCCCCCCCCCCCCCCCCCCCCCCACCCCCCCCCCCCCCCCCCCCCCCCCCCCUAUGA